AUGACUGCUAUGGCUGGCAGAUGCCCUGACGAGGUACCUGGGAGGGAGAUAGAGCCACGGCUCUCGCUUUACACCGGUACAGUCACACCCCUCUUCUCUCUUCCGCAAACCCACCUCCAUCCCUCCCUUCCCAGCAUUCUACGUGAUUCCCCCCAAACAGCACGCCAAGCGCGCGUGGCAGUGCUCCAGCGCGCGGCUCCCCGCAUCUGCGCCACCAGCUCUUUCCCUGAUCUUUCCUCAUUGCCCAUUCUCUCCUCUCGUUUCCCCCUCCCGCUUCCCCCUUUCACCCUCCCCGCCCGGCCCCACCCUUCCCCCGCGCGCGCCAGCGUGGGCAUUGACGUGGCAGUGGUGGAGCGCGCGCCGGGUCUCGGCCAAUCAGGAACGGCGCUGAGCCUGUGGGGCAACGCUUGGCGCGCUUUGGACGCGCUGGGGGUGGCCGCGCUGCUGCGAACAGACUACGUGCGGCUGGAAGGCAUUGACAUUGCAGCAGCGGACGGCACGGCGCUGCGCUCCUUUGACUUCGCUGACUGCAAUGUGGGACCCGAUCACGAGGUGAGGGGGGUCACCCGCGCCCACCUGCUCUCCUGCAUGGCCUCCCAACUGCCACCUGGCACCAUCCGAUUCGCCACCACAAUCACCCACAUGCCAGAACCCACCACCACCACCACUGCCUCCGCGGUGACUGUGACUCUAUCCAACGGUGCUACUAUCGAAGCCAAGGCUCUCAUAGGGUGUGACGGGAACGCAUCAGGGGUCGCCUCUUGGCUCGGGCUGCCGCCCACCAACUACGCUGGAUACCGGGCGGCACGAGGGGUGGCGGAACUAGAUCCAGCGGAAUCUGCUGAUUUUGCCGUUGCUGCCGGCGGUGGGGGUGAUGCGGAGGGUGGCGACGUGGGAGGGAGUGUGGAGGGGAGAGGGAGAGUGGGAAUGGCCAUUCUCCCUCUCAUUCCCCCUUCUCCCCCAUCCGCUUCCCCUUCCCCCCACCCCAUUCGCGCUUCCCCAUUUGCGCUUCCCCCACCAGGAUCAGCAGCAGCCAAGGAGGAGGCUCUCUCCUACGUGCAAGGCUGGCAGGGCGGCAUCGAGCGUCUUAUUCACGCCACGCCGGCCACCAGCAUUGUAGUCGGCACCAUCACAGACCGCUGGACGAUGCCGCCCCCUCUGGGCACAUGGGGACGUGGCGCCGUCACUCUGGCCGGUGAUGCCGCCCACCCCAUGACUCCGAACCUUGGCCAAGGUGCAUGCACAGCUUUGGAAGAUGCUGUGAUCUUGGCUCGGUGCCUAUGGGAAGCGUCUGUACCAGAUGGGGAGGACCGGAAAGGGAGCGGUGGAGUGGAGGGAGGGGAGGAGGGAGCGAGUGUGCGGAGGAGGGUGGAGAGUGAGAAGGUGUGUGGGGCAUUGAGGGAGUAUGAGAGGCUGAGAGGGAGGAGGGUGGCACAGUUGACAGUGCGGUCGUUUGGCAUAGGGUGGUUGCUCCAGUUACCCCAGGAGGUGGUGUGCUUUGCGCGGGAUAAAGUGGUGCUGCCGCAUCUCUUCUCGCCCUCGCAUUUCCUGGACCAUGCGCUCUUCGAUUGUGGCAAGCUUCCUGACAGUGAUGCCUCUUAA